ACGAGUACAUCCUAGAACAGUAGGUUUAGUUUUCAUGACGCUACGUUUGUGUGAAAUACAAAUAUAAGUCAAUUUCGCUAAAAUGCAGAGGGAGGACAAACCCAGCCUGCUGCUCUCCUUCCACACUGAGCCCAAACAGUUGUUACUGGAUUCGGAUUGUGAAAUUGAAGGUCAGGGGGCAUUGGUGGAUUCAGAGAUGACAUCAGUAAAGCUGGAAGACAAAAGUCAAACGUGGGGACUGAAUGUUACCAUUAAAGAUGAAGAGGAGACAAAUGUGGUUAUCAUUAAUUACGGAGAGGGAGAUUUACUCACUCAAGAUGGGAUUCCUGAAGUGGAGACGCUUGGAGGGAAACAACAGGAAGACUACAAGCAAAAUAAUUUAUCAUCACUAUCACAGUUAAAAAGACACAUUAAUAUACAUACAGAUGAGAAGCCUUUCUGCUGUUCUGACUGUGGGAAGUGUUUCAUUAGAUCAUCAGAUUUAAUUAUACAUCAGAGAGUGCACACGGGUGAGAGGCCUUACUCUUGUUCUGACUGUGGAAAGAGUUUCUCUCAUAGAGGUAGCUUUAAAUGUCAUCAGCGCAUACAUACUGGAGAGAAGCCUUACUCCUGUUCUGACUGUGGGAAGUGUUUCAUUACAUCAUCAGAUUUGACUAAACAUCAGAGAGUGCACACGGGUGAGAGGCCUUACUCUUGUUCUGACUGUGGAAAGAGUUUCUCUCAUAGAGGUAGCUUUAAAUGUCAUCAGCGCAUACAUACUGGAGAGAAGCCUUACUCCUGUUCUGACUGUGGGAUGUGUUUCAUUAGAUCAUCAGAUUUAAUUAUACAUCAGAGAGUGCACACGGGUGAGAGGCCUUACUCUUGUUCUGACUGUGGAAAGAGUUUCUCUAAAAUUGAUGGCCUUAAAUGUCACCAGCGCAUACAUACUGGAAAGAAGCCUUACUCCUGUUCUGACUGUGGGAAGUGUUUCAUUAGUUUCUCUCAUCUUGUUAGUCAUCAGAAAUUGCACACAGGUGAGAAGCCUUACUCUUGUUCUGACUGUGGGAAGUGUUUUACUAGUUCAUCUAGUCUUACUAGUCAUGAGAGACUGCACACAGGUGAGAAGCCUUACUCCUGUUUUGACUGUGGGAAGUGUUUUACUAGUUCAUCUAGUCUUACUAGUCAUGAGAGACUGCACACAGGUGAAAAGCCUUUCUCCUGUUUUGACUGUGGGAAGUGUUUUACUAGUUCAUCUAGUCUUACUAGUCAUGAGAGACUGCACACAGGUGAAAAGCCUUUCUCCUGUUUUGACUGUGGGAAGUGUUUUACUAGUUCAUCUAGUCUUACUUGGCAUCAGAGACUGCACACAGGUGAGAAGCCUUACUCCUGUUCUGACUGUGGGAAUAGUUUUACUCGAUUAGGUAGCCUUAAAUGUCACCAGCGCAUACAUACUGGAGAGAAGCCUUACUCCUGUUCUGACUGUGGGAAGUGUUUCAUUAGAUCAUUUCAUCUUGUUCGUCAUCGGAGAUUGCACACAGGUGAGAAGCCUUACUCCUGUUCUGACUGUGGGAAGUGUUAUACUAGUUCAUCUAGUCUUACUAGUCAUCAGAGACUGCACACAGGUGUGAAGCCUUACACCUGUUCUGACUGUGGGAAGAGUUUCUCUCAUUUAGGUAAUCUUAAAUGUCACCAGCGCAUACAUACUGGACAAUAAUACCGGACAUUUGACACUGGAGAUUAAUUUUGACAGACUUGACAGAGAGGAUAAGUGUUUUACAGCAUCAAGCAGUUCAACUGUCUGUUUUUGAAAUCACCACAAAUGAAGAUAUGUUGUGUUAGAAUAUGGGCGUGAGAAACAUAACAUAACACAACACAAAGUGUUGACUUACUCUGAACAAAAUACAAUAGAUGGGAUGUGGGUCCCACACAUCCUGUCCAUACCUCCUGAUAGGAGUUUUCCAUGUGACCCAUGGACUGUAGGUUGGGACAUGCCAUUGUGAGGAAGCCUGUCUUUACCUGAUUAUACACAUGUAUUUUAGUUUUAUUCUCUAGUUAGAGGAGUGGUCCUUCGUUAUCUUGUGCGAUAGGAGGUACUGUGUCACAAACAGUUGGUAUCCACUAUUGAGGGGCCCCACACAACCUGAUAAGCGUGUGUGGAGCCAAGAACUCAAGAGAUUAAACCAUACCAGGCCAUUUAAGGUUAGGAUAUAGAAUACACUUAUGUGAGUGGAAGCAGGCCAGAUUUUGGAGAUGUGCUGGAGGAUAAUAGACAGUAUAAUGGUUUGCUAUGAUCACUGACCACCUCCUAUGUGUCCUGGCAUAACAUACGGUGUUAACUUUGUAAUUAUUGGAGAACAUGUAAGAACUA